CUCCCGUCAUUUAGCGGGUCCGGCUGUGUGUGCACUGCUGCUUUACCACCAACCGUUACCCGCUGCCUCCCCCCUCCUCCCCCUCCUCCUCCUCCUCCUCCCCGGCAAGCAGGGAGAAAGAUGGAGGGGAGGGGAUGGGAUGAGCAAUAAAGAGCGGGGACCCUGCACAGUCUGAGAAGAGCAGCAAUAGAAACGGAGAGAGAGGGAGAGAGAAAAUAAAGGAGGGGAAGGGAGAGAGGAGAAGCAGGAUCCUUCUGCAUUGUAUGGAUCGCCUAUUGAAACAAGGAGGGGCAUGUAGAGGGAGGGACAUCGGAGAUUCCUAUCGGUGUGCUUGCGAGGGACGUGGAGAGAGACGAGCGGUGCAUGUGUGAGGGUGUGUGCAUGUGUGUGUGUGUAUGUGUGUGUGUCAUGUGCUUUGGACUCGGUGAACCUGUGCAGCGGCGUCUCUUUCGGAGGGGCUUCAGAGGCGGCCGAGGAGCUGUUUGAGCGGCGACUCGCCUCGGCGGCUCCUCUGUGCUGGCGGCGCGUUGUCAUGCCCAACGCCUGAUGCGCUCAGAGGACGCGGAACGGCCCAGGAGAGAGAGAGAGAGAGAGAGAGAGAGGGGCGUGAUGGCCGGACGCGCCCUCGCUCGGUCAUGCAUCCCCAGAUAUCCGGGCCCGGGCUUCUUCUGUUGCCUUCUCCUCCUGAUCCCCUCCAGCCCUCGUCAGUGUCCUCCCUGUGUUUCUCCGUGAGGCUGCCCGCCUUCCUGUCGCCGCGCUCUCUGAGUGGACGCUGCUGUCAACACACAUGUGAGGCUUGCGGUGGGAGCCCAUGAUCUGGACCGGACUGCAUUCAGCUCUGCGUGGACCUGUGCCAUGCCGCUUUAGGGUGACACCAAUGAAUUUUUAAAGACUUCACCUUUUCACGUUCUUAGUGACGUAUGAUGCGGGACAGUUCUCAUCAUUGACUGAACCGAGGUUUUUGCUGUCAGUGAAGAGGAAGGACUGAACGACAUGUGAGACGGGGAUGCUGCUCAUAAAAUAAGGUCAAGUAAAUAAUUAGCAUUGCCGUAAUUCGUUUGUCUCGGCAUCUGCAUGCAGUGUGCAGGUUUUAAUUCGUUGUUGGAACAAAAGAGCUGCUUUGACUGUGUGCUGAAGGCUGUCAGUAAGAGUGGAUUACGUUUUUCGCGUCCCAGAGAAAUGACAAUUACAGUCGGCAAAGAAAUCUGUGGCUGAAAUUAAAAUCCGAAACAAAGAAGAAGAGAUUGGGGGAUGGAUGAAACCAGCAGUCGCUCUGCUGUUGUGUCGUCUAAGGAGAAACUUAAUCUCCCUCCUCGUAAGUUUUUUGACUUUGUCGUGCCGUCAGAUUCUUCCACAUCCCGACACACUGACGAGCUGUCAGUCGUUCACGUUCCCGUGACUCGUUUCAUUCAUCUACUGUGUGUCCACUAAAGCCUGACCACAUGAGUGGAGGCGGCGCCCUGCAGCAACGCACCACCUACCUCAUUUCCCUCACCCUGGUCAAGGUAGAGGCUGUGGAGGAGAAUGGAGGAGAGGCCAAAAACAGCACUCAGGGGAGGGAGUUGGAGGCCGGACCAGGGGGAAGUGCGGGAGACGGGGCCAGGGUGAAAGUGGAGGCUGAAGGUGAAGCUCCCGCGCGGGCUGAGAAUGGAGCUGGAGUGGUUUUGGCGAAACCGCAAAUAGCCGGAGACGUCGCUGAUGUGAAAGGGGGCACCGGUGACCUCAAGGAUGGGGAGAGAAAACCUCUGAGCCCUCUGAAAGACAAACCGCCCUCCGGCGUCGAUGUCCCGAGUAAAGUCAGCGAAAAGCCACCAUGCAACCUCUCGAUCCCCUUACCUGCUGAGAGAGUGGCGGUUCAGAAGACGAAGUCUGCGGAUGUAGUCGAGAAGGCGCUCGCCACCCCAGAGGGAAAGCAAUGCAGGUCUCCGUCGCUGACCACGACACCGCCGACGGAGGCGGCCGAGCCCAGCCGCACCCCGACCAGGACCAGCCUUCCCAUGCGUCCGGCCGGGCAGCGGCCCGUGAGUCUGCUGAAGUCCCACAGCAGCGUGACCACCCGGGGCCGCGACUCCAGGGAGGGCAGAGAGCGCAGCCCCACCUCGGCUCAGAGCCUCGACCGCAAGGACUGCCGCGUGACGCCGCGCUCCCCGGGCCCCUGCAGGGCCUCCUGGGCCGAGGCGAGCCGGCCCGAAGGGUGGAGGGACGAGGCUCAGGUCGGAUUACCCCUGGAGAUCGGCGGGGGCAUGGCUGCGGUGAUGAGAGACAUGCCCAGAAAGGAGAGGCUAAAGACGGGUUCGGCGUCCCUCCCCGCGCCCCCCACCCAGGCCCCCAAACCAGCACGAAAGGGUAAAAGCCGCACGCUGGAUAACAGCGACCUGAACAGUCUCUCUGAGGACCUGGGGCUGGUCAGAGAAGCCCAGCAGGCGCAGCAGGGCCAGCGAGGAUCCGCCAAGGACAGGAAGAUGCUCAAGUUUAUCAGUGGCAUUUUCACAAAGAGCAGUUCGGGGGCAGCGGGGUCAUCGUCCACAGCGCCUCCUGUCUAUAUACAGAGAGACUCCAGCGAAGAGGAAGUAAGUAUCGCCAACAGCCAGGAGUGGACCCUGAGCAGAUCCAUCUCCGAGCUGAGACUGGGCAUUCUGGGAAGCCAGAAAAGUGGCAAGUCAGCGCUGGUGAACAAAUACAUCACGGGCAGUUAUACUGCGAUCGAGAAGCCUGACGGUGGCAGAUAUAAAAAGGAAGUGCUGGUGGAUGGUCAGAGUCAUUUAUUACUGAUCCGAGAGGAAGCUGGGCCACCUGAUGCACAGUUCAGCAGCUGGGUCGAUGCCGUGAUCCUGGUCUUCAGCCUGGAGAACGAAGCCAGCUUCAAGGACCUGUAUGAGCUCUACAGCCAGCUGAACGCCCACCGCUCAGACAUCCCGGUCAUAGUGGUCGGCACCCAAGAUAAAAUCAGCAGCACCAACCCUCGUGUGAUUGAGGAUCAGAGGGCCAGGCAGCUGUGUAUCGACGUGCGCCACUCACUGUUUUACGAGACCUGCGCCACUUACGGGUUCAACGUUGAUCGAGUAUUUUCAGAGGCCGCCCAGAAGAUUGUGGCUCUGAAGAGGCAGGCGGCGCUUCAGGCCUGCAAGUCUCUGCCCAACUCGCCCAGUCACUCUGGAGGCUCCACGCCUGGAUCAGCAUCCUUCCCUGGACAGGCCAGUAAUGGCCCCAGUAGUGGCUACGCCUACUCCCUCCCCUCCACCCCCGUGGUGGGCCACAGAGAGCUGCGGGUUUCACAGGGAGAGGGGGGAGGCAGUGUCAACUCACGUGCUCUGAAGGGCAUCCCCAGACGGCCCUCCCUGUUCAAGAACCGGGACCCGGACAAAAAAGCCGGUGAUGCCAAAGGAGACGCGAGCAGCCAGCGGGGCACUCCCAUCAAACAGGGCAUCCUGUGGAAGAGGAGCGGGAGCUCUCUGAACAAGGAGUGGAAGAAGAAAUACGUCACCCUGUCCAAAAAUGGCACACUGUCUUACCACUCCAGCCACAGUGACUACAUGCAGAAUAUUCAUGGAAAGGAAAUUGACCUGCUACGUGUGACAGUUAAAGUUCCUGGGAAACGUCCUCCAAGAGCGGUCGCACCUGUGGGCCCCUCACCUGUACCCCCAGGAGCUGGAGUUAACGGGCUGAGUAAAGAGCAGACAGCCGCUGAUAGCAGCAGUACAGUUCCUCAGCUGUGUCCGGCCACUCUCUCUGUAGUCGACGACCGGUCUGGUGGUUUGUCCCCUCAAGGAGGACUUCAGCGCUGCCCGUCCUCAUUGUCCACCAAAGCACAAAGUGUCGACACCCUGGAAGGGACAGCCAGUCCUUUUUCUGGAAAGGACGCCAGCCAAUCAUCUCCAAUGAGUGACAGGAAGAAGAACAGGAGGAAGAAGAGCAUGAAUCAGAAGGGAGAUGCGGCCGCUGGGCAAGCUGAAGCCAAACGCAAAAUGUGGAAAUUAAAGAGCUUUGGUAGCUUGAGAAACAUUAAUAAGACAGAAGAAGAGAAUGCAGACUUCAUCAUCGUGUCGUUCACCGGACAGACGUGGCACUUUGAGGCCCCGAGCCUGGAGGACAGGGACUCCUGGGUGGCGGCCAUAGAGAGCCAGAUCCUGGCGAGCCUGCAGUCGUGCGAGAGUGGCAGAAACAAGGCACGGAGGAGCAGUCACAGUGAGGCCGUGGCACUGCAGGCGAUCCGAAACGCCAAAGGCAACAGUCUAUGUGUGGACUGCGAAGCACAGAAUCCCACCUGGGCCAGUCUCAACCUGGGCGCGCUGAUCUGCAUCGAGUGCUCGGGGAUCCACCGAAACCUGGGCACCCACCUGUCUCGUGUUCGGUCUCUGGACCUGGACGACUGGCCCGGUGAGCUCACGCAAGUCCUGGCCGCCAUCGGAAACCACAUGGCCAACAGCAUCUGGGAGAGCUGCACCCAGGGCCGAGCCAAACCCACGCCCACGGCAACACGAGAGGAGAGAGAGUCGUGGAUCCGUGCUAAGUAUGAACAGCGGGCGUUCGUGGCGCCCCUUCAGCCGGCAGCAGGGAGCCAGCUUCCAGACGACGGCAUGGCGACGUGGCUGCUCUCUGCCGUGACUGAGAGAGAUCUGCCCAGGCUGCUGCUUCUUCUGGCCCACAGCACCAAGGAGCAAAUCAACGCUCAGCCGGCGGGGUCGCCUUCGUCGCCUCACACGGCUCUGCACGCCGCCUGUCAGCUGGGAGACGUCGUCAUGACUCAGCUGCUCGUCUGGUACGGAAUCGAUGUGAAAGCGAAAGAUAGCCAAGGCCAGACGGCCAUGAUGAUGGCCAGAAAGACGGGGAGCAAAGGCUGCAUCGAUAUUCUGCUCCAGCACGGCUGUCCCAAUGAGCCGUCCCCCGCCCCCGCCACUCCCAUCCUCACCCGCCGCUCCAGCACCGCCAGCCUAGGACGCAACAGCUCCAGGAAGCGGGUGUCAUAGCGUGGACUGAAGACGCUGCCACAGAGGGGGAACCGGAGGGCGCUCAUAUUUUAGAAAACUUUCAAAGCAAGGGAACAGGAGAGGGGUGUAGUAUAAAGAAGCGACAGGACGAUAAAGUAGUACGAAGGACACAACAUUUGUUUCUGAAGACUGAACAACAUAUCAAACAAUUUAAAAGCAAUAUUUAUUCAAUUUGUUGAUGCCGGACAUAUUGCUGAAAUACUGUGUUGUUGUCGACCUCAUUUCAAAAUAACUCAAGUAAAACUGUAGCCCUCUUCUGAUAUCGUAGAGCAGACUCUCGUGCUGCUUCUGUUUCACUUCCUCCAGAAGAAGUGCAAUAAUCCAGCUAUGAUGGUGAAAAGCAACAAAUUUUAACUGUGUCGUACGGUUGUGACAGACCUCGAGAGGCUGAUGCUUUUAUUCAGAUUUGUUGUGACUGGACCAAAACUGCUAAUUAUUUUUCUUUGGCUUUACAGAUUAAACCUACAAUAUGUCAUGUUGUUAGUUACUGUUUGUCAGUUUGGCCGAUAUAAACAGUUUUUCAGUAACGACUCAGCGGAGAUAAUUCUGCGUAGACUAGAAAAAUGAAUGGAACAUGGAACAUGUCAGUGUUACGAUCACAGGUCCCAGGAUUUAAUAUAAUGUAAAUGUAUCUAUACUACAUGCUUAAUGUUAAUCUCUGUAACGAAGACACAACUGAAAAACCCAACUCAAUUUUGUAAAUGGUUUCUUACUGGUAGUUAUAAAAAAACCUGUUUGUUUUUUUUCAUUGUCUUUUAUAAUUUCUUAUUCUCCUACAUGUCAUGAUGCUGUAAACAGAUGGUUUCACUUACGUAAACGCGUGGCUAUUUGUUGAGAGUUUUAUUUGGGAGACUACAUGAAGACAUUUAUUUACAUUCAUGUUACUGUUGUGUAGGUCGACGCCCAUGAGUUUACAGUGAAGUACGAAGCGGUUGCAGGUGUCCCUCUGACACCUGGUGGGUCAUGUAAAUCCCUCAUGAGCUAAAACAAAUGGUUACGGGAAUACAAUAAACUUUUUUUAAUUAGCAUUAAAUGGA